AUGGGCACUGAUAGGCAGCACUGAUGGGCACUGAUAGGCAGCACUGAUGGGCACUGAUAGGUAGCACUGAUGAGCACUGUCAGUAGCAGGAGUGGACUGACAACUCAUGGGGCCCCCGGGCAUGGGGCCCCUGUGUCCUUGCCCACACUCAAAGCACACCCAAAAAAGGCUAUAAAAAGGUACCAGGGGCAUUUCAUGGGGCCCCCUACUGACCCCGGGCCCUCGGGCAGUGCCCGAGUGCUCAAAUGGUCAGUCCGCCCCUGCUCAGUAGUAACCCCC